AUGAGGCACUCAGACGAGUCAGUGGCCAUCAAAUACCUGAAAAGCCAAAAAACUGGUGCGGGAACGUUUAGACGCUUAUUGAGUGUCUCAAAUGCCCUCAUUUUCGUCUGGCUCUGCGUGAUUUGGUGGGGUGAGCGUCUAGUCUUCUACAAUAGCCUAGCUGCUUGCCGGUGGGAGCAAUGGGAGCAAUGGCCUCCAGACGCGGUACCACACCAUGUUGUACUUAUCGCUGACCCACAGCUUGUCGACCCACACACGUAUCCAGGCCGACCAUGGCCGCUUUCUAGUCUCACCAUAUAUUACACAGACCUUUACCUCCGACGCUCCUAUGCGAAUUUGCAACAAUUCCUUCAGCCAGAUACGCUUUUCUUUCUUGGAGACCUCUUCGAUGGAGGCCGUGAAUGGGGCACGUGGCAUUCCUCUUCGCCAGACCAGCAGUUCAAACGAUACGGUCAUACAUAUUGGAUGAAGGAGUAUACUCGAUUUCAACGCAUCUUCAUUGAUGGCUGGCUUAAUGACGGGGUCAAACCGUCAGCCGAGCCUCGGGGAAGGAAGAUAAUUGCCUCCUUGCCUGGAAACCAUGAUCUGGGCUUCGCGUCUGGUAUUCAAGGACCUGUCAAAGAGCGAUUUGAGGCUUAUUUUGGGAAUGGAAAUCGCAUUGAUAUUAUUGGUAAUCACAGCUUUAUCUCCGUCGACACCGUCUCAUUAAGCGCAAUGGACCAGGUGGAUCCCCAUACAGGCAGCUCAGGGGCCGGUGAUGGUAGUUCGUCUACAGCGGCCAAUCGUGAUAUAUGGGCCUCAACGGAAGAGUUUCUGUCUGGGGCUCGAGCGGAAAGGAGUCGAGCAGUGAGGCGUGAACUCCGCAAUCUGGCCGGUUUGCACGAGCAAUCGUAUCGUGAAGGUGGACUCAGUGGCUUUGCACCAAACAUCACAGACCUAAGCCAAGCAAACAAGCCACUGAAUACUAUGGCGGACCUUGUUAUUGGCAACGCAGAAAAAUCCUUUCCCAGCAUCCUCUUGACUCACGUUCCCUUGUACAGGGCACCAGAUACAGACUGUGGCCCUCAGCGUGAACGUGGACGUGCAAUCCUUGUCCAAGGAGGAUAUCAGUACCAGAAUGUGCUUACUCCGCUCAUCUCCAAAGAUAUCAUUUCCAAGCUGGGGGUGGAGGAUGUUACACAAAUAUACUCCGGUGAUGAUCACGACUAUUGUGAGAUUGAGCAUGGCGAAUUUACAGGACGGAUAAAGGAGAUCACCGUGAAGAGCAUUAGUUGGGCGAUGGGAGUGCGAAAGCCGGGAUUCUUGGCGGUCAGUCUUUACAAUCCUGUGGAUGUACAUCCAACUGCGACGGUAGACGAAAUGGCAUCGGGUGUGGAGAGGGACACCGUCCAGAAUCAACUGUGCUUAUUGCCGGAUCAACUGGCAAUCUUUAUUCGAUAUGGGGCUAUGUUGGGUCUUACUCUACUUAUUCUAGCCAUCAGAACAAUAAUGCUACAAGGAAGCACAAGCCAGCAUGGCGAGAGUGAGAAGCCACUCUUACCUAUGAGCACAGAAGACCUUCCAUCUUACGACAACGGAACGCUCUCUCGGCACGCAGUUGCGUCCACUUCCUCCUCGUCCUCUCCGGAGCACAUCAUUCCUGGAGGCGGUACUAUAUCAGCACACAGAACACCAAGAGCCGGCUCUCCCAGACUGGGAGGCUACGGCAACCUCCCCUUGGGGUCAAGGUCGUCAUCACCUUUAAAAGCCAAGCUAGACGGAGCUUUCGAUCCGGCAAGAGGCACGAACGUCAUUUCUGUCCAUGAUGAGGUUGAGGAUUGGGGUAUGCCUCGGAGCAAGCGGCGUACAGUUGGACAGCAGCGCCGGCGGGGCAUUAUUGUGGAAUUUGGACAUAGCCUUGCUAGGGUUGCUUUGCCGGUCCUUGUAUUUUACAUUUGGCUGAUCAGGAGAGGUUGA